CAAGGAGCGAGCAGGAAGGCAAGAGACAGAGCGAACCGAAACGGGCAGCGCAGAGCACACACCACAGCGCACAGUGAAGUGUGAAGAAGCAGUGAAAAAGAAACACCUCACCCGUGUCGUGCGCGUAGGUCGUGUUUCGUUUCGUAGUUUUUUCCUGAAACAAUCGCUGAAUUUUCAAAGGCUUCCUUAGUUUUUUCGUGACCUCGCCGCGCGGACCACGGGGAACGUGCGUCAACCUAGCCAAAGCACAGCGCACCAACCAUCUGGGUAAGGUGUUGUGUGUGUGUGUGUCCGUCAGCACUUCCACGUUUUUGUGGCCGUUCUGCUUGGUGCCGUUCCUGUUCCUGUUCUGUGCCCCGCACACACGCGCGCGCGUCUCCCAUUCCGCCCCUGCCAAGUGUCUGCGUGUGUGUGUGAGAGUGUGUGCGUCACAACCGUGUCCCACAUGGACUCCGGAGUCGGCCAACUCGAUGCUACCAUCUCGAAUCGGUAGUCAAACGCGUGAACCGUCCAUUUUGUCCGUGAGACAAACGGCAGGGCAGCAGCAGCAGCAGGAUCAUCCGCUCCGGAGCAGUCAAAAGAGCGGCAACGACGACGGGGUGAUCGCGAGUGGCAGGUGGAGGCGCGCAGAAAAGGAAGACUAAAUCGUAACAACCCCCAGCAAAGAGGGCGAAAAGCACGUGGCCGCGUGAACUAAAGCUUGGCUAAAGCACACACACACAUCCCGCUAGCACAAGAGUCGUCCACUGACGCCACUGCAACCACACAGACACCACCAGUCAUGGAGCUGCGCGUUGGCAACAAGUACCGGCUCGGGCGGAAGAUCGGUUCCGGCUCGUUCGGGGACAUCUAUCUCGGCACGAACAUCUCCACCGGCGAGGAGGUCGCGAUCAAGCUCGAAUGCAUCAAGACAAAGCACCCGCAGCUGCACAUCGAGAGCAAGUUCUACAAAAUGCUCCAGGGCGCGGUCGGCAUCCCGACGAUCAAGUGGUGCGGCUCGGAGGGCGACUACAACGUGAUGGUGAUGGAGCUGCUCGGCCCGUCGCUCGAGGAUCUGUUUAACUUUUGCUCGCGCCGCUUCACGCUCAAGACGGUGCUGCUGCUCGCCGACCAGAUGAUCUCGCGCAUCGACUUCAUCCACUCGCGCAGCUUCAUCCACCGGGACAUCAAGCCGGACAACUUCCUGAUGGGGCUCGGCAAAAAGGGCAACCUGGUGUACAUCAUCGACUUCGGGCUGGCGAAAAAGUACAAGGACUCGCGCAGCAUGUCCCACAUCCCGUACCGGGAAAACAAAAACCUCACCGGCACGGCCCGGUACGCCUCGAUCAACACGCACCUGGGCAUCGAGCAGUCGCGCCGGGACGAUCUCGAGUCGCUCGGGUACGUGCUGAUGUACUUCAACCUCGGCACGCUGCCCUGGCAGGGGUUGAAGGCGGCCAACAAGCGCCAGAAGUACGAGCGGAUCUCGGAGAAGAAGCUGUCCACGCCGGUCGAGGAGCUGUGCAAGGGGUACCCGCGCGAGUUCAGCCUCUAUCUCGCGUACUGCCGCCAUAUGGACUUCAUCCAGCGGCCGGACUACUGCUAUCUGCGUAAGCUGUUCCGCACGCUCUUCCACCGGCAGGGCUUCGUGUACGAUUACGUGUUCGACUGGAAUAUGCUCAAGUUCGGGCGGCCGAACCUGAACGCGUUCACCAGCAUGAAGCGUGGCCAGAGCCGGACACCCAGUGCCACCCAGAACGAGCAGCAGCAGCAGCAGCAACAGCAGCAGCAGCAGGUGCAACAGCAGCAGCAGGUGCAGCAGGUGCAGCAGCAGCAGCAACAGAAGCAAAUCGCCAACACCACCUCGGUAACGACGCCGUCCAAAGUGGCCGGUGGCGGCGGCGGUGUGGUAGUAGCCGGCGGCGUCAACAGCGUCAACAAUGCCAACAACAGCAGCAGCGUCGGUACCGCGCUCGUCAGCAGCCACGCGACCUCGGGCGGCGGCGUGGUCGGUGGCAACAGUGCGGCGACAGCGGCGGCCGUAGCGGCUGCCGCCGCCGCCGACAAGAACAAGGAAAUGUCGCCCCAGACGCGCCACCUGCUGCAGCAUUUCAUACGGACGGAGCUACAGAAGGGCCAGCCGCCGGGCGGUGCGGGUGGAAGCGUGCAGCAGCAGCAGCAGCAACCGGGCGGCAUGGUGAUGGGCGGUGGGCCACAAACGCUCGGCGGCCAGCCGUCGGCGCACAGUAACAACAUCAACAACAACAGUGGCGUCGGGGGCGGCGACCCGAGCGUGGAUGCGGCGGUGGUGGCAGCUUCCUUCUCGCGGCACGAAACGCCCGAGCGCCGCUCCUCGAUUCGUCUGCGCGGGCAAAAUCUGGACGCACGGAAUGCGGAAUAAUAUUAAAUGUUUCUCUAAUUUGUUUACUUCCAUCCCGCGCGCGCGCACACACACACCCACACUGUGUCGAUGUUCAAACUCGACACGCUCUGGACAAACACACACACAGAGGAAUACACACGUUCUAAAGAAGAGAGUAGAAAUCUGUUCGAAAUACUUUUUGGUGAUGUUUUCCUACAAAUCAAUUGCUUUUUGAGUUUUUGAAUUUUGUUCUCUCCAUUGCUCCGUUGGAUCAUCAGCAUCUAACCCGAACAAAUUAUCCCUAUAAAAUGUUAGGACAAAAAAAAAAAACAAUGGUCCAUUUCUCCAAACAGAUUCCAAACAAAUUUACAUCAUAGUAGGUAUCGAAUCAGAGACAACUCUCAAAACCAAUCACCUAGGUAACCAGUUAAACGCGCAAGCAAAGGAGAUAAACAGACGAGCUGUGGCUGCGGCAAAUGUGGGGUGGGGGAUAACAAGCGAACACACAAUUAGUGAUUGUGGAAUGAAGGAUGAUACCGCGUUUGGUACGAUAUUUGGCAUCCAUGGAUCAGUAGGGCUAGGACGUAAAAAACCGUUUUGCUCACCGCUUAGAAGCUCUCGCGCGUGUGUCGCUGUGAGCUGCGUGCGUGCGUUCGUGCGUUCGUGCGUGUAUGAUAGGAAGAGGAAUCAUGAUGUGUAAGUAGCGCGCAUACGAUUACGCUACAUGCCUAGCAAAACUAGUAAAACAAAGUAGAGAAAAGGGAAGUAAAAACGCGGCACACAUAAGUAGAGAGAGGUUGAUUUGCAAGAGAAUUAACGCUCGCGCGCCAGGACAAAGUCACUGUUCUUUAUUUUAAAGGCAUGUCGACUGAUAAUCCGAUCCCCCUCCAUAAACGUUUUGGAGUUACACACAAACAAACAAACAAACACACAAACACACAACCACACAGUUAAAGAGCAACACAGUGCUCUACUACCGCGCAAGGAUUAGAGGAGGAAAUCGCAUAGAAAAAAAGGGGAAAAUCAAUCAAAUUAUGUGAACUUUUUCCUAGGUCAUACUCGCUUGUAUGUUGUUAUUUUAUUGUUUUCUUAUGUUUCGGUAAACUCAUUGUGAAGAGAGAGAGCGAGAGAGAAGAAAAAAACCAAUGCCUGUGCACGCUUCUGUUGAUUAUUUCCUUUACGUUUCCGCAUUGCCCAUACAUGAUCUUGUGCUGUCUUUUUGUAUCCUUCUAGCGUGUUCCUUCAGGUAGAGUUGUGUGCACGCGAUCAAUUUGCGUCACGCUCACUUGAUCAUUUACCGUCAGGCAGGAACCGGACGGACAAAACGCGCGAUCCUUUUUUCGUUUUUUGUCUCAGGAUUAAGUGCGCGCUUCAUUGUAGGUUUAUUAUUUGUUUGUUUUUUCAUGUGAAUGCAAUGAUCAAGAUCUUGCCACUGUUAAGAAGCGCAUUUUUUUGCGAAGUUUGCUAAUAAAGAGCUUUCACUCCAUCUCCACCCACCCCCAAAUCACACAUACACACGCGCAUCGUCGACCAAUGCCAAUGAGUGGACACUAGAGAGAGAGAGAGAGAGAGAGAGAGAGAGAGAGAGAGAGAUGAAUCGAAGAGAAGGGCCAGACAAGAGAAAAGAGACGGCAUAGAUAGUUGUGUAUAAAAGCAAGGGCUGGCCGAUGACGAUGGGAGCAAAGGAUAAUAGUAAUGUUUAAAUGAAUUUAGCCAGCCAAUCCUGCAAGGAAGAAGGUGGCUAACAGUGCAGUACGUGGCAUUACUGAUGUAAAAAAAAGAAACCCCCCGGUGGAGAGGAUAUUUAGGCUAGGGAAAACAAUAUGUGUUGUGGGAAGGAAAGUAAUCUUUUGGGGUGUGAGUGUGGUGUGUCCAAUCGCCCCACGAAGAGCAGCUCAGUAUGCGGCAAUGUAGCAGGGGAGAGCGAGCAAAAAAGAAGACGCCGUUAAUGUGACAAGUGAUAGUGAAAAAUAUGAGGUGUGUUUGUGUGUCUGUGUACUACUACUACUACUACUACUAGUGCUCUAGCUCUAGCUGCUGCGCCUGAUGACUAUUAAGAAGAAGAAAAAAAAAAAAGGAAAACAAAAGCUUUCUCUCUGUUCUCUCGAAAGUAAGUCUGUAAACAUUUGAAUGGGGAUGGGUGGAGGAGAAGACGGAGAAGAAAGGAUAUAUGGAGAGUGUUCAGUGUGGUGAAGGUUUAGCAAACUUUGACUGCGACACAGCCGUGCAAGCACAGCAGGACAGGAAGAAGAGAUAGAAGUGUUGCUGUAUGUGUUACACUUAUAAAUAGGCAAAAGAAUACAAAGGAUAUAGGAAGUGAAGCCCACACCACGUGGUACGGUGGAUUUAGAAUAUUAAAGUACUCGUGAAAGAUGAUACACAACAACAACAACAACAACAACAACAACACACACUUAUACACGUUGGGAAAGGUGAAGAAGCUGCUUUAAUAUGCGAUCCCACAUUUCGUCUUGCAUCAUCUAACGUAUGAUCCAGUUUAGCGUGUUAUUGUGACUAUAUACUAAACCAGAAACUAAACACAAAACCAACCAUCAAAUGAAAAAAAAAAACUAAACAUACAACUAUACAACCUUUACACAGCCAGCGGCAGUAAGAGCCCGAAAUAGAAGCAAACUCAAACUCAAACUAACUUAAUCGUCAUCAUCCCCGGCUGUAGCGGUUUAAUACUAGGAACAGUACUGAAUAUCUACACCUACUAACGAAGCAGAGUGGAAGAGGGAUAAGAAAAACCACUUCCCACGCGUACAGCAACAAAAACAAGUAACAACAAGAUAACAAUUUACAGAAGAAAACAAAAAAACACACACAACUUAUACAUUAUAUAUACAUGUGUAUGUAGGUGUAAGGCAUAACAGAAGCAGAAGGUGUAGAAGCAUAAAUAGUGCAACGAAAAUGAAUUACUAGCAGAACAAACUGUUUUUUUGGGGGCGCGAGUGGGGAAGAAAAAAGCAUCGAUCCUACAAACAUAAACCCCCGAGGCCCCCCCCCCCCCGGCAUAGUAAAAACACCAGAAAAAAAAACACAUUAAACAAAACCCACUCGAUAAUCCCCUUCGGUGUGGUUUACAUUACGGUUACUUUAAGUUUAAUAAGUAGACCAAGGAGAAGAAAACAAAAUGGAAAUCGAGAAAUAUGAUAAACAAGAUGCUUUUUUGUGUGUUUGUGUGUGUUUGAAAAACAAACACUAGACGGUGGAAGCAAGCUAAGGAUGACGACUGCAAACACAAACACACACACAUGAUGUUGGUGGCGAAAAACAGAAAAUAUUGGGUUUAGAUUAAGGUGUGAUAUUGGAAGGAUGGCAAGGAAAUGAAAGGAAGCGAUGUGAAGAAAGCUAAAAGGAACGUUAGUAUAGCGCCACACACCUGUACUGCGAAGAAACACGCUGAAACAACUGAAAAGAGAGAGAGAGAGAGAAACGAGAAGGGAAAGGAGAGGGAAAAACAUAACGAAACACACACACACACUCUCUCUCUCCUUCAAUCAACAGCUGCAUACAAUACACAAUACAUAAAUUACAGCAUAAAUAGUACGAUCGGGAUCGGGUGCCUGUGCAAUUGAUGGGUUUUCUGCAUGCGUGCGUGACGAAUGAAUGUGGUUUACCGUAUAUAAUUAAUAACAUUACAAAACAAUGGCGCCAGGACAGUGGCGCGUGUGUGAGUGGACAAGGAAGAGAACGUAAGAAAUGAAGGAAAGGCUGUUGCGCUGCCCACCACACGUGUGUUGUUGGGCGGCGGGAAAGGGUUCAGAUGGUUGAGUUCGUGUGUUUGAAAGGACGGAAACGAAAGGAGAA